GUCAAAAACAAUCUCUUCGUUUUCCAUUCCACCAUGGAUCGCUCGACAAAAGUGUUCAUCUUGAUUUCUUUCUUCUUUUUAUCGGUCAUCUCAAAUUUCAAUCUCGUUCAUGCUGAAGAAUUGUUUGAUUGUACUUUUGAUCAGGCAGUUAUGAAAAGCCAAGACAAAUGGAUUGUCCAGUUCCUUAUACCUCAGUGUGGAGCCGUUAAAGGCCUUAAACCUGAAUGGGACAAAGCUUCCGCUAAUAUGUGCGGAAAGGUCAAGUUUGGUGAAGUGAACUGUCAAAAUUGCCCUGAAUUAUGUGGUAAGUAUAAGGUACCACAUUUCCCAUAUAUUUUACAAUUUGGCACAGAUAAGACAAAAGAACCUAUCCAAUACAAAGGAGCAUGGAGUGCUGGAGCGCUGGAAGAAGCUGCCCUUAGUAUCGCCUAAAAAUAAGUUUUGAGUGAGGAAUAUUGUGUCCGGAUACGACUUGUUUUAAUUUGUCAUAAUUGUGAAACAAUGACACCUUUGUUUUGUUAUGGUGUAACUUUUGUGUAAAGAUCUAAUAAAGGAAGAUUUAUAUUUUGUUUA